AUGUAUAAAAUGGAAUAUUCUUACCUCAAUUCCUCUGCCUACGAGUCCUGUAUGGCUGGGAUGGACACCUCGAGCCUGGCUUCAGCCUAUGCUGACUUCAGUUCCUGCAGCCAGGCCAGUGGCUUCCAGUAUAACCCGAUAAGGACCACUUUUGGGGCCACGUCCGGCUGCCCGUCCCUCACGCCGGGAUCCUGCAGCCUCGGCACCCUCAGGGACCACCAGAGCAGUCCGUACGCCGCAGUUCCUUACAAACUCUUCACUGACCACGGCGGCCUCAACGAGAAGCGCAAGCAGCGGCGCAUCCGCACCACUUUCACGAGCGCGCAGCUCAAAGAGCUGGAGAGGGUCUUCGCGGAGACGCACUACCCCGACAUCUACACCCGGGAGGAGCUGGCUCUGAAGAUCGACCUCACCGAGGCGCGAGUCCAGGUGUGGUUCCAGAACCGCCGCGCCAAGUUCCGCAAGCAGGAGCGCGCGGCAGCGGCCGCAGCGGCCGCGGCCAAGAACGGCUCUUCGGGAAAGAAGUCUGACUCCUCCCGGGACGACGAGAGCAAAGAGGCCAAGAGCACCGACCCGGACAGCACUGGGGGCCCGGGCCCCAACCCCAACCCCACUCCCAGCUGCGGGGCGAGCGGCGGCGGCGGCGGCGGGCCCAGCCCGGCGGGAGCCCCGGGGGCCGCGGGGCCCGGGGGUCCGGGGGGCGAACCCGGCAAGGGCGGCGCGGCGGCGGCGGCGGCGGCAGCGGCGGCGGCGGCGGCGGCGGCGGCGGCGGCGGCGGCUGGAGGCCUGGCGGCGGCCGGGGGCCCUGGACAAGGCUGGGCUCCCGGCCCCGGCCCCAUCACCUCCAUCCCGGAUUCGCUCGGGGGCCCCUUCGCCAGCGUCCUAUCUUCGCUCCAAAGACCCAACGGUGCCAAAGCCGCCUUAGUGAAGAGCAGUAUGUUCUGA